UGUGCGUCAGUGUGGGCCGUACGGCUGCAUCCAAUGAAGCAACUCCCAUCCGAUUGUCAUUGCACUUGUCCUGUCAUAAACAAACUCCCGAGUCAGCGAGGGCCCCCCUAAAGCUGAAUAAUCCCUCGAACAAUUGGCAACUAGUGCAGUGGUGAGAUGUGUAAACCACGCGAAAACAAUCUCCAUGAAUCUUAACCUAUCUAACCUCAACGAUGAUGAGAAUCUGAGGAAUUGCGUUCAUCACAGGAAGAAUAAUUGAGAACCCCCCCCGUCAAGAUGUCGUCGACCCUAGUCCAGCAGUUCGUCCAGCGGCUGAAGUCCCGCCACGAGGAGGUCCGUAACAAAGCGGCGCGCGACCUCUGCCACUACAUAAAAACGGAGCUCCGAGAGACCUCCCAAGAGGAGAUCACCUCCUUCAUGGACGAGUUCAACCACCACAUCUUCGAGAUGGUCUCCGGCUCGGACAUGAACGAGAAGAAGGGCGGAAUCCUGGCGAUAGUCUGCCUGAUAGGCGCCGACGUGGGCAACAUAAACACGCGAACAAUUCGCUUCGCCAAUUACCUGAGGAACUUGCUGCCCUCCUCGGACGUGGGGGUGAUGGAGCUCGCAGCGAAGACUGUUGGCAAGCUGGCGCUGGUCUCAGGCACCUACACAGCCGAGUACGUGGAGUUCGAGGUGAAGAGGGCGUUCGAGUGGCUGGGGGGUGACAGAAACGAGGGAAAACGUCACGCAGCAGUUCUCGUCCUCCGCGAGCUGGCGGUGUCGAUGCCGACGUACUUCUUCCAGCAGGUGACGCCCUUCUUCGACCUCAUCUUCAACGCAGUGAGGGACCCAAAGGCAGUCAUCAGGGAGGGGGCAGUGGAGGCCCUGCGAGCUGCCCUGGUGGUGACAGCCCAACGAGAGACAGCAAAGCAAAUGCACAAGUCCCAGUGGUACAAGCAGUGCUACGACGAGAUAAUCGCUGGCUUCGAGGACGUCUACAGCAGGGAGCGAGGGUUCAACCGAGACGACAGGAUUCAUGGGUCUCUCCUGGUGCUCAACGAGCUCCUUCGCUGCAGCAAUGUCCAGUGGGAGAAGAAGUACGAGGAGCUGAUGGAGAGGCUGAAUCUAUCGAAUCCUCAGAACGACAACGACAUCCUCGUGCUGAUGCCCAGGCUGAAGACGAUUAUAGUCUCCAAGUGGUCGGGUUGUGCCAACAGAUCGGCCACUGAUGGCGUCUACAAUGAUAUUAUCAACAGCACUGGGGGUAAUGGGGUGAAUGGCAUCAAUGGGGGUAAUUCUACUGCUCAGUACUCACAGCAGUGCUUGUAUCCAGUGCACGAGUCAGCUGCCUGCAGGCAGCUCAUGCAGGAGAGGCUCGAUGACGUUUAUAUGGAUGUGCUGAACCAGAGGCUGUCGAAGAAUCCCCAUAUUCAGCACGCGUUGAUGACGCUACUGCCCAGACUGGUGGCUUUCAAUACUGAUAAGUUCACGAAGGAACACCUCAGGGACACCUUGAAUUAUUUGCUGAUUGUGCUGAGGGGCAGGGAGAAGGAUCGUUAUGCUGCGUUCAUGACCAUUGGACUCAUCUCGGUGGCUGUGGGGGACUCCAUCAAACCGUAUCUUCCGAAGAUCAUGGAGGUGAUCAAGAGCAGCUUGCCGUCCAAGGAGACGCCUAAUAAGAAGAGGGGGGCACCUCUGGAGCCCGCGGUUUUCAUCUGCAUCACGCUUCUGGCGCACGCUGUGAAGCAGGCCAUCAGUGCUGAGGCGAAGGACUUGUUGGAGUCGAUGUUGGCGACUGGGCUGAGCCCCAUUUUAACGACUUCUUUGAGGGAACUGGCACAUAAUGUCCCUUCGCUCAAGCCGGACAUCUCGCAGGGACUCCUGAGGAUGCUUUCACAGGUCCUGAUGCACAAGCCACUUCGUCACCCGGGUGCCCCCUGGACGGCAACGAGUCCCAGUGGCAUUCUCGCGGCGCCGCCAACAGAACCCAUGGACGUUCCCUCGACAGUCCUCGCCCUCCGCACCCUGGGGACCUUCAACUUCGACGGGAAUCCGCUCCUCCAAUUCGUCCGCCGUUGCGCCGACCACUUUCUCACCUCAGAACAGCCCGAGGUCCGCCUGGAGGCGGUGAGAACGUGCUCGAGACUCCUCAGACUGGCCCUCAGCCAGCCAGGGCCGACAGUAACCAACACAGUAUCCGCAGUUCUUGGGAAGCUUCUGGUUGUGGGGAUCACCGACACCGACCCAGACGUUCGGAUUUCAGUGCUCGCCUCCCUGGACGACUCCUUCGACAUUCAUCUGGCCCAAGCUGAGAGCCUCUCAGCCCUCUUCGUCGCGAUGAACGACGAAAUGUUCGAGAUAAGAGAACUCGCCAUCAGGACAAUUGGCAGAUUGAGCACGAUGAAUCCAGCGUACGUGAUGCCCUCCCUCAGGAAGACCCUCAUUCAAUUUUUAACAGAACUGGAGCACUCGGGGAUGGGGAGGAAUAAGGAGCAAGCGGCCAGGAUGCUUGACCACCUGGUGGUCAGUGCCCCGAGGCUGAUUCGUCCCUACAUGAAGCCCAUCCUGAAGGUCCUGGUGCCCAAACUCAAGGAGCCAGAGCCCAACCCAGGAGUCGUCCUGGCGAUUCUUCGAGCAGUUGGAGACCUCGCGGAGGUAAAUGGCUCAGAGAUGCAGCAGUGGAUGCCAGAGUUGCUGUCAAUCCUCCUGGAGAUGCUGGUGGACGCAAGUUCCCCGGAGAAACGAGGAGUCGCCCUCUGGGUGCUUGGGCAACUUGUCGGCAGCACUGGACACGUGGUGAAACCCUACAUGCAGUACCCCACGCUGCUGGAGGUCCUGAUCAACUUCCUGAAGACCGAGCAGCAGCCCAUCAUCAGAAGAGAGACUAUUCGAGUCCUCGGGCUGCUCGGGGCUCUGGAUCCUUACAAACAUAAGAUGAACCUUGGACAGAUUGACUCGCAGGUGGACAAUCAGCUGACAUCAGUCACCGACACCAAAAGUGAUAUCGAGAGCAAUCAGGAUUUAACUACCAGUGAAAUGCUCGUCAAUAUGUCCUCCUCCAGUCUCGAGGAGUAUUACCCAGCAAUUGCAAUUGCCACACUGAUGAGGAUCAUCAGGGAUCCAACCCUAGCUCAACAUCACACGAUGGUGGUCCAGGCUGUGACCUUCAUCUUCAAAAGUUUGGGGAUCAAGUGUGUCCCUUACAUCUCCCAAGUGAUGCCCAGUUUUCUGAAUGUCGUGAGAACAGCUGACGUCAACUUCCGGGAAUAUCUGUUUCAACAGCUGGCGAUUCUCAUAGCAAUUGUCAAACAACACAUCAGAAACUACCUCGACGACACCUUCAAUUUGAUUAAGGAAUUCUGGACUGUGAACAGCCCUCUUCAGAGCACCCUGAUCCUCCUGGUGGAGCACAUUGCUGUGGCCCUAGGUGCUGAAUUCAAGAUUUAUCUUCCUCAGCUGAUGCCACAGAUCCUGAGGGUGCUCACCCACGACACGAGUAAAGAUCGAAGUGUCACGGUUAAGCUUCUCCUCGCACUCCAGAAAUUCGGGAAUAAUCUGGAUAACUACCUUCACCUGGUUCUCCCACCCAUUGUCAAACUGUUUCACGCGUCUGACUGUCCUGUAACCGUCAACAGAGUCGCCUUGGAGACAGUGGAUCACCUCGCAGAUACUCUGGACUUCACGGAUUUUGCCUCGAGAAUUGUGCAUCCCCUGGUGAGGACUCUUGAUCAGUGUCCUGAGCUCAGGGCCACUGCGAUGGAGACCCUCUGCGCCCUGGUGAUCCAACUGGGGAAGAAGUAUCAGAUAUUCAUAACACUUGUGCAGAAAGUCAUGACCAAACACAAGAUCGUUAAUUCCCAGUACGACAUCCUCGUGGACAAGAUUUUAACGGAGACAUCGAUGGCCGAGGGGGACGACUACCUUCUCAUGAGGCACAGGAACUCCAGGAACAAGAACAGAGACUUGUCGUUGACCUCUUCGGACACGACGAUGAUCAAGCGCCUGCACGUGUCAGCGUCGAACCUCCAGAAGGCGUGGACAGCGACGCGAAGGGUCUCCAAGGACGACUGGCUGGAGUGGCUGAGGUCGUUGUCGAUAGGCCUUCUGAAGGAGUCCCCCUCGCCUGCUUUGAGAUCCUGCUGGGCCCUGGCGCAGACUUAUUCACAGCUACCCAGGGAUCUGUUCAACGCGGCUUUCGUGUCUUGCUGGACAGAGCUGACUGAUCCGUAUCGAGGGGAGCUCAUUCAGACCCUCCAGCAGGCUCUCAUGGUACCGGAUAUUCCGGAGAUUACUCAGACCAUUUUGAAUCUUGCGGAGUUUAUGGAGCACUGUGAUAAAGGUCCCCUUCCCCUGGACAACAAAAUCCUGGGCGAGCGAGCGAUGCACUGUCGAGCGUACGCGAAAGCCCUCCACUACAAGGAGGACGAAUUCCACAAGAGCAGAAACAGCAGUGUCUUCGAGUCCCUGAUCUCCAUAAACAACAAGCUCCAGCAGAAGGAGGCAGCGGAGGGUCUCCUGGAGUACGUGAUGAACCAGGACAACCAGCAGGAACUGAAAGUCCAGGUGCGUUGGUACGAGAAGCUCCACAACUGGGACAAAGCCCUGCACCUCUACAAGGAGCGUCUGGAGACAGAUUCAGCGGAUGUGGAGUCGACCCUGGGGGAGAUGCGAUGUUUGGAGGCGCUGGGUGAAUGGGGCCAGCUGCACGACGUGGCGACACGCCAGUGGUCGCACCAGACCGACGAAACCAAGCAGAGAAUGGCGAGGAUGGCAGCAGCUGCUGCCUGGGGGCUGGGGCAGUGGGAGAGCAUGGAGAAGUACGUGGGACUGGUGCCCAAGGACUCUCAGGACGGUGCGUUCUACCGAGCAGUUCUGGCGAUUCACAAUGACCAGUACAACGUGGCACAUCAGCUGAUAGACAGUGCUCGAGACCUCUUGGACACUGAAUUAACGGCGAUGGCUGGGGAGAGCUACCAAAGGGCUUACAACGCGAUGGUGGAGGUCCAGAAGUUGGCGGAACUCGAGGAAGUAAUUCAGUGGAAAUUGGUGCCUGAGAGACGCCAGACGAUCAAGUACAUGUGGUGGCAGAGGCUCCAGGGGGGCCAGAGAAUCGUCGAGGACUGGCAGAGGAUAAUUCAGGUGCACACACUCGUUGUAUCACCUCAGGACGACAUGUACACGUGGCUGAAGUACGCCAGUCUCUGCAGAAAGAGUGGAAGUCUUCAAUUGUGUCAUAAAACUCUAGUCAUGCUGCUGGGGGUGGAUCCAUCGAAAACACCUGAUGAUCCACUGCCCACUCAACACCCUCAGGUCACAUUCGCCUACUGCAAGCACAUGUGGAUGGCGAAUAAGAGGGAGGAGGCUUACAAUCAGUUGAAAUUGUUUAUUCAGAACUCCCUGCAGCCUGCAGCAGCUGCUGUCACCAGUCUUGUCAGCCAGUCGGACGAUGGCAUUCAUCAGCAGAGCCAGGAACAGGCGGAGGCUCACCGGCGACUUCUGGCGAGGUGUUAUCUGAAACUCGGGGAGUGGAUGGAGUCCUUGAAGGGGAUCAAUGAGACCUCGAUACCAGCGGUUUUGUCGUAUUACAGAGCUGCCACUGAACAUGACCCCAGCUGGUACAAGGCCUGGCAUGCAUUUGCUUACACGAACUUUGAGACUGUUCUGUUUUAUAAGCAUCAGCAGAGCGAUAGCGCCGUGCAGGAGGCUAGGGAGGGCAAUGGCAGUACCAACGGUUCUCGCGUCUCGCUAUCAAACGCCCAGUACAUCUCUCGCUUCACAGUCCCAGCGGUGGAUGGUUUCUUCAAAUCCAUAAACCUCUCCCACGGGAAUUCCCUUCAAGACACCCUGCGCCUCCUGACCCUCUGGUUCGACUACGGCCAGUGGCCGGAGGUGUACGACGCCAUCGUCGAGGGAAUCCGCCUGAUCGAGAUCAACACCUGGCUGCAGGUGAUCCCCCAGUUGAUCGCGCGAAUCGACACCCCUAGGGCCCUCGUGGGCAGAUGUAUCCACCACCUCUUGAUAGACAUCGGCAAGUCCCACCCUCAGGCCCUGGUCUACCCUCUGACAGUGGCCUCCAAGAGUGCCAGUGUGGCACGCAAGGCAGCAGCCAACAAAAUCCUGAAGAACAUGUGCGAGCACAGUCCAACAUUGGUGCAACAAGCGAUUAUGGCUAGUGACGAGCUCAUCAGAGUGGCAAUUCUCUGGCACGAGCUGUGGCACGAGGGCCUCGAGGAGGCCAGUAGACUGUACUUCGGUGAGAGAAAUGUCAAUGGAAUGUUCGAGACACUGGAGCCCCUGCACGCCAUGUUGGAACGAGGCCCCCAGACUCUGAAGGAAACGUCGUUCAAUCAGGCUUAUGGGAGGGAUUUGAUGGACGCCCAGGAGUGGUGUCACAGGUACAAGGUGUCUGGCAAUGUCAGGGAUCUGAAUCAAGCCUGGGACCUCUACUACCACGUCUUCAGGAGGAUUUCACGACAAUUGCCUCAAUUAACGAGCCUCGAGCUGCAGUACGUGAGCCCCAAACUCCUCCUCUGCAGGGACCUGGAGCUUGCUGUGCCUGGGAGCUACUGUCCAGGCCAGCCAAUCGUCAGGAUCCAGAGUAUUCACAGCUCGAUGCAGGUCAUCACGAGCAAACAACGACCCAGGAAGCUCUGCAUCAGGGGCAGCAAUGGUAAGGACUACAUGUUUCUGCUGAAGGGCCACGAGGACCUCAGGCAGGACGAGAGAGUUAUGCAGCUGUUUGGCCUGGUUAACACUCUGCUGCUUCACGAUCCUGACACCUUCAGGAGGAAUCUGACGAUACAGAGGUACGCGGUGAUCCCUCUGUCCACUAAUAGUGGGCUCAUAGGCUGGGUACCUCACUGCGAUACCCUGCACACGUUGAUAAGGGAUUAUCGGGAUAAGAAGAAGAUUCUACUGAAUAUCGAGCAUAGGAUCAUGCUGAGGAUGGCGCCGGACUAUGAUCACUUGAUGCUGAUGCAGAAGGUCGAGGUGUUUGAGCAUGCACUGGAACACACGCAUGGGGAUGAUCUGUCCAGGCUACUCUGGCUGAAGUCACCUUCCAGUGAAGUUUGGUUCGAUCGGAGGACUAAUUAUACUAGGUCACUGGCGGUCAUGUCCAUGGUGGGGUAUAUUCUGGGUCUCGGUGAUCGACAUCCUUCCAAUCUAAUGCUAGACCGACUGAGUGGAAAAAUCCUCCACAUAGAUUUCGGCGAUUGUUUCGAAGUGGCAAUGACCAGGGAGAAAUUCCCGGAGAAGAUUCCCUUCAGGCUGACCAGAAUGCUGAUAAAUGCCAUGGAAGUGACUGGAAUCGAGGGGACGUACAGGAGAACCUGUGAAUCAGUGAUGUCAGUGCUGCACCGUAAUAAAGACAGUCUGAUGGCUGUGCUGGAGGCCUUCGUUUACGAUCCACUGCUCAACUGGAGGCUCAUGGACAAUGCAGCACCCAAGGGGACCAGGUCAGACGCCCAGAGUAUGAACACGAGCAGCAGUCAGGAGCACGGGGACAUCCUGGAGUCACUGACGUCGACUUUACCGAAGAAGGGAGUGGGACCCUGCAGUAUUGAGAAUGGAGGGGACAACAAUCAGCCAGAGGCACUGAAUAAGAAGGCUCUGGCCAUCAUCACGAGGGUCAGGGACAAGUUGACUGGACGAGAUUUCCUCCACGAAGAAACCCUGAGUGUCCAACGACAGGUGCAACUGCUCAUACAGCAAGCCACGAAUAACGAAAAUUUGUGUCAAUGCUACAUUGGAUGGUGUCCAUUCUGGUAAUUCAGUGGAGGCUUCCAAUAUUAAUGAGUUGAUGAAUUGGGCUCAACGAUGCAUUUCCACAGAUUAAAUUGCUUCAGUCAAAUUAUUUUCAAUUGUCACUCCACGAAUGCUGUAUAUAGUACAAUGUUAAUACGCGAUUUUGUAUAUAGUUACAGUUGUAUUUUUAUUAAGCUUGUAAUUUAGAUUUUGGAUGUUUGUGUAAUUUGGGUAUUAUUGCGAGUGACACGGGUGGGAGUCGAUUGAUUAAUUAGUGAAGUGGUGAAAUGAUACACUACUGUCUCCAUUGUUAAAUCAUUUUUUUUUAUUGUUAUUUUUUUCAAACAAUUAAUGAAAUAUUGGUAAACUUUAGGUGAUUGAGGAUUGAUUUUUCAUGAUUUCUCUGGAUAUAAAAGUACGUAUGUAAUGUUUUUAAUUCAAUUCUCAUGUUUCAUUAUUUCAUUCAAUAGAAAAAAUGGUGCAACAACCGAAUUUGAAUAUUUUCUGAGACAGGUAAUUAUAAGAAAUACUGUAAUGAAUUCACCACUGCACUAACGAAUUUCCGAAUGAGCUGAAAGAUGAACAAGUGAUAUGAUUUUUGCAUCAGAAGAUUAAAUAAAUUCAGAUGGAAGAUCAA